ACACUGUGACGUCCUUAACUAGACGACUUUUGACAGACUGUAAAAUAUGCGCUGGCGAGGUUAUUAAUGAGAUUGUCUGCAAAGAGGUCUCUUUACAUAUUUUUAAUGGAGUUCACUCUUUGAAGUUUACUAAUAGUUUACUGUUAUUGGUUGUGAAGUAUGUAAAUAAUUAUCAGAUAUUAUCGAUGCAGACGCCAGAAUCCACCAAGAGUAAAAUUAAGGAACCAUAGCUCAAACAGUUUUUUGCAUUGAGAUUAUUUAGCUAAAAAUACCAGAGAAAUUGGUUUGCCAGUAAUUCGAUGGGGACUUCUACUCCUCAAUGGGGAUUCACAUCUGUCCCUGUGCCACCUGACUUUCCGUAUCCAGCCACAGUUCUUGGGAGUGAACCCAACCAGAGAAAACGUCUAUGGCGUAGAUGGAAUCAGCUGUCCAGGUUCCAGCGCAACACCUGUCUACUCUUCAUGGCUCUCCUCAUCACACUCUCCAUAUUGUUUGUUUUGCCCAAUCUUCCAACAACAGCCAGUUUGCCUUCCCCAUCCAGAAAUGAAGCAUUAGAAGGAAGUGAAAUUGUACAGGGAAUAAAACCCAGUCUUGAAUAUGAGAGAGAACCUGAAGGUCCUCCUAAACCAAUCACAUUGUCAAAACCAGUACACGAGAACUUUCGACCUCUCACAAAGGAAGAGGAAGCAAAUCAUGUUGGUGAAAAUGAAAAAGAUUCAGUGAAUUUGCCAAGAAAUGGCAUUGAUCCUUUCAGCAAGAAGAACCAAAAGAUUGUUUUUACCGGUCCAACGAAUCAUCGUCAGAGAGCGGUUGUAGAUGCUUUUAGUCACGCCUGGCAAGGUUACAAAACUUAUGCGUGGGGUCAUGAUCAUUUGAGACCUAUUAGCCAGACCUACAACGAUUGGUUUCACCUCGGAUUGACAAUCAUAGAUUCUCUUGAUACUAUGUACAUAAUGGGUCUAGAUAAAGAUUUCAACGAAGCCCGAAGUUGGGUCAAGGACUCAUUACAAUUUAAUGGAAAUCGAGAUAUUAAUUUAUUUGAAACUACCAUUCGAGUGCUGGGAGGAUUGCUUAGCACGUAUCAUCUCUCCGGGGAUAAAUUAUUUCUAGACAAAGCGCUGGAACUAGGCUUACUUCUUUUACCGAGCUUUAAAACGUCUUCAGGAGUGCCAUAUUCAGAUGUUAAUCUUGGAACUAAGAAGGCCCAUCCUCCCAAAUGGAACGCCGAUUCAACCACGUCUGAGGUGACGACAAUUCAGCUUGAAUUUCGUGAUCUAAGUCGUUGUACCGGUGAUCCUACCUUUGAGGAACUUUCGUUCAGAGUGUCCAAAUUUAUCCACAAGUUGCCAAAGACGGAAGGACUAGUUCCCAUUUUUAUCAACCCCAACACGGGUCAGUUCCGCAAGUCGACCAUUACAUUAGGAGCAAGGGGUGACUCGUACUACGAGUAUCUCCUCAAGCAGUGGAUUCAGACGGGCAGGACGAUCGAUUUUUUACGAGAUGACUACAAUGCAUCCAUCAGCGGCGUCAAAAACUUGCUUGUGCGCCAUUCCAAGCCGAAUAAUUUACUCUUUGUCGGCGAGCUUAUCAAUGGAAUGGACUUCAAAGCCAAAAUGGAUCAUUUAUUAUGUUUCUUACCUGGAACAUUGGCUCUGGGUGUUCAUUACGGCAUGCCACCGGACCAUUUGCGCCUAGCCGAGGACCUCCUCUACACGUGUUACCAAACGUACGCGGCUCAGCCCACUCAUCUGGCACCGGAAAUCACGUAUUUUAACGAAGAUGAUGACGGAGAUAACGACAUGAUUGUCAAACCGGCCGAUUCACACAAUCUUCUGCGACCGGAAACCGUGGAAAGCCUGUGGUACAUGUACCACUUGACUGGCAACACGACCUAUCAAGAAUGGGGUUGGAAAAUUUUCCAGGCUUUCGAGAAAUUCGCCCGUGUCGAAAAUGGUUACAGUUCGCUUGGCAAUGUGAAGAGCAUUGCGGAAACCAAAUUGCGAGACAUGAUGGAAUCCUUCUUCCUGGGCGAAACGCUCAAGUAUUUUUAUCUACUCUUCAGCGACGAUCAGAAGACGCUGAGCGUCGACCGCUACGUUCUCAACUCGGAAGCUCACUUCUUCCCGAUUCACACAUCACGAUGACCAGUUUUCACUCCCAAAAAUAUAGCUAAAAGUUCUAUCUUUUUUUUUUCCAGAACAAAAAAGAAAAUUUAAAUUGUUUGCAAAAUAUUCUAGUAAUGCUCACACGGUUUCUAGAUGGGUUUGUGCCGUAUUCCGCAAUUUACAUAUUUAGUAAUUUUUGCACUUUUUCUUUUUAAAUUAUUAUUCUUCCACCACCAGAUAGGGACAAGAAAACAUCUAAAAGAAAAAAAAAUAUUAUUGCAUGUUCAUUACACUAGUCCAAAAGUUAAA